CUUCGGUUCAAGCCUCCGCAUCGUCCAUUAAUUUAUUAUAAUGGCCUCCUCAUCAGGCAUUAUCCCUUACAUAAAUGCAUGAGAUAAUUCCCAUCUUUACAAACAAGUUGUACUUUCUUGGGUUUUCUGAAGUUUUCUGAUCUGGACGGCCUCUGCAGUUCUAACUAAGCCAAUAAUAUGAAACCUGUGUGUUUCAUAAAAUGUCUUCUUGUUUUGUUAAGACACGUUUCAGCAGAGAAGAUGUGAGGGAAGCUGUGAUGACGCAAGCAGUCAUAUGCAAGAACAUACAGUACUGGUUAAUGAAACAGGGCAUUGGUUCAGCUUUCAGUGGGGACAAACAGCCACCCAUAUUGAGUCAUUUUUAUAAAACUGUGUUAUUGGUGCAGAAUCAGUUUGGUGUUAUUCAUCUCCGAAGCUUUCAGCUGAGCCUCAAGAAGCCAUGCCAUUCACCUAUACAUUUGGAGAAGACUACUUUGACCAAAAUGAGACCACCCCACUUUACAUCAAUCCAGAGACGGUGGCAUGCGAGGCAAAGCAGCUGGAACCUGCAGCAGCUCUCAUCAUGUGUGUCAUCCUCCUAGUCAUCUUUGUACUGGCAAUCCCAGGAAAUUUUCUGGUGGGGUGGGUGAUCAGCACCAGCAGACAGGUCUUGACUUCAUCAGAUGUGUACUUGUUUCACCUGACAGUAGCAGAUGGACUGAUGGCUCUAACGCUCCCAUUCUUUGCAGUAGCGUACGUACGAGGAUGGAUCUUUGGAGACUUCCUGUGCAAGAUCCUCAACCUUGUCACUGAAGCUAACUUCUACACCAGCAUCAUUUUCCUGGCUUGUAUCAGUAUUGAUCGUUUUCUUGUGAUUGUCCAUGCCCAUGAGGGGCCCAGGAAUGUUCAGAGGAGGUGCAGCAGGCUCCUCUGUGCAGCUGUGUGGGCCCUUGGUUGCGCCCUGGCUCUGCCCGCCCUUUUUCAUGUUGCCCACCCCAGUGAUGACUCAGAAGAGUGGAUUUGCACCGAAACGUUUGACAUUGGUAGCUCUGUUGUUUGGAGGCUUGCCAGUCGUGGCCUCCGCCACAUUUUUGGCUUUGUGGCCCCACUGGCUAUCAUGAUAGUUUGCUAUACCAUCACCAUCGCAAGGCUGCUGCACACUCGGGGUUUCCAGAAAUACAAAGCCAUGCGGGUAAUCAUAUCAGUAGUGGUUGCAUUUCUCCUGUGUUGGACGCCAUACCAUGUAACACUGGUGGCUGACACGCUGUUGAGAACCAAACUGGUUCCCUAUGACUGCGCUAUGAGAAGAUCAGUGAGCUUAGCUCUGGGUUUAACCAAAGACCUCGCACUGACCCACAGCUGCAUCAACCCUUUCCUCUAUGCUUUUGUGGGAGAGAAGUUCCGGAAAAAAAUGACCCGUUUUGUUCAGAGGAAACUCCGAAAGGAGAGAAUGUCGGGGUCAAGGUUCAGCAGGUCAACAUCUCUGACCUCAGAGGGCAGUGCAACUGUUUUCUGAAGACUCAGUGGAUUUAUUUCCAACAUACAGAAGGAAAGAAUUUUAGCACAGACAAUACAUUUAAUUAGAGUUAAUAUAGAUUUAUUUUAAGUUUUUUAUGGAUUUGUCUUAUUUUAUUUCAUUAUGUGUACACACCUUUAAUUGCAGAAGAUCCAUUUUGUAUUAUGUAGAACACUGCUGCCAUCUAUUGGUGUCACUCUAAUGAUACCUCACUUUUCCAGCCUGUGAUUACGUCAACUCCAUGCUCCUUAUUCCUCCUUCAUUAGUCUUUAAGAUAAUCUUCCUACUGUACAGAUCCUCAGUUUAAUUAGCAAUAUUUUAUCAUUGCAUAUGCCUUUAUCUUUAAGUGCUGCUAUAUUUUUUUAUAUUAAAAAGCAUUGCUUCAGAUGUUACAUGUCAUGUUCUGAUACAUAAAUAAAUAAAUAAUUUCCCCAA